UUGAUCCUAAAGAACUAGCCUAUCCUGUGAAUACACUAAGAGAAAGGACAGUGUAUAGUGUAAAAGCUGUACUCUCAGCAGUAUUUGAACAACAACCAUUUCUAGUUACCACUGGUACUAGACAUACAGAAUUGAAGGAGAUCCUACCUGAUGAACCAUUAUCAGAUAUUAGUAACCUCUCACUAUUAGGAGGACGUGAUAUUAAGGAACUGAUUCAAAUGACUGAAGAUUUUAACACACCUUUGACCAUGACAAAGCUAGAUAUCAAAGAUCUUGACAUUGUCAUUAAAGAAUUAACAUCAGAUCAACACUUGCCUUGUUCUGUAUGGCAUGCAUUAGGUCUACAGUUAGGAUUAUAUGAUGAUAGACUAAAGGAUAUAAAAGCAGACUAUCAUGGACAAUCAGUUCACUGUUUCCGGGAGUGUAUGUCUGCCUGGCUAAGAGGAGAAGAUAAAGUGAGAGAGAAAGGAGGUCCCAGUUGGUCAUCAUUAGCUACAGCACUGGAUACAAUAGAAGAAAAAUCUAUUGCUAGUUACAUUAAAGUCAAAUAUUGUACUUAAUAACUUUUAUUAACCAAUUAUUAUUAUGGUUUCAAUUUACUCAUUGAUAGCUGAGCUACUUUGUAAUUUUGCUAUUUUAUGUGUGAUGCAGGGUUAUACAUUACUCAGUGUUAUAAAGUAUUCAUUAUUAUUAUUAUGUUAAUAAUAAUAGGUUGCCUUUUCACUUUGUGUAAGUUUUUUCUGUUACCAUUAUUCCUUUCUGUCUGCUUCUCUUCACUCUAAGCACUAUUAUGAGCAUCUGCCAUGAAACAAUGGAAUUGUAUCUUGUCUCAAACUCUACUUACAGUAUAAUUAUUUUUAACAUCCACUUAAAUUUAAAGUGUA